UGGAUAAAUAAGAGGGGUAGUAUUGUAAACAGGAACAUUGAACAAAGAAAAUUUUCCAUCGAUACAAAACCCCUUUUUGUUAUUGCAAUUCGCAACUAUUUGACUUGUGCAGCAACUUAACACAACAAUCAAUUUUCUGUUUCAAUUUCAAGGUUGAUCAAGCCACUUGAGGAUUUCGUUGCAUACCUUUGGUGUUUGAAGAGCUAAUCUGUCUUGCAAAAUGAAGGGACGUGUAAGGUGGGAUGAAGCUAACAUUGGAGAUAUUGAGGCAAACAAGCCUGUGAGGCAGAAAAUUACUGAACCUAAGACUCCAUAUCAUCCUAUGGUUGAUGACGAUUGUUCUCUAUCCCCUGUAAGAGGAAGUUUUGAUGCACGUAUUGAUGAUGAAAAUCGCACAACACAAGUUGAAGCAAUAUGGACUGCUCUGACUGAUGCAGGCUCUAGUAGCAAAAGAGGCUCCGGACAAUCAUUUGGUUGGACAUCAUCUGAGGAUGAGCUAGAAGCGAUGGAACAAGAAGAUGGAUCUGAAACAGAUAGGAGCAGAAGCUUUAGAAAGCUCAGAAAGGCCCAUUAUGAUGAAUUUCUUAAAGCGAAAGAGCAUCGAAAGAAGAGUUCUCAUGUUGAAGACGAAAGUGACGAGGAUGAUAAUACUGAACAUGGCAAGGGGGAGAAGAAAUGUGAAUCAUGUUCACUAAGUGAUAAUGUAGAAGAGAUUGACAUUGAGGGGGGAAAGUCUUCUACACCUUCAGCUAACGGUUCUUAGACAUUGAUCACAACAAAUAAAACUCAUCUUCAUAUUUUGUUUUAUUUUGUGGGUUGGAAAACAACAAUUGAUUCCCUGUAUUUUUGUAUCAUUAGUGCGUAAAUAUUUUCAUUUCUUACUCGACUAUAUCUGUUCAUGCAAACACUAGCAUAAUCUGAUUUCACUCUUAUAUUCUGGCAAA